AGAUUCUUUCAGCUACUUUUCAUUAUGAUUAAUUGCUUUACCUACUUUAUUCCCCCUCUCUGGCCUUUUUAUUAGUCCAGCAUCCUUCUCUUUGGGCUAUAGCCAUUUCAGCUCUUCCCUUGUGUUCAUGCACGAUGAUCUUAACUGAGCUGAAUGCAAAGCCACUUUUCAUUUGGAUCUAUAUUAUAUGUCUUCUUUUCCUUGGUCAUUACUGUUCUUCCCAGAAGACUUGUCCAAGCUGUGGUUCGAUGGAGGUUCCAUAUCCCCUAAGUACACAGCCCCACUGCGGUGAUCCAGGCUAUUCUAUUAGGUGUGAUUCCCAGUCUCAGAAACUUUACUUUGAUGCCUUGAAUGGAAGUUCUUACCUUGUUACCAGAAUCAUGGCUUCAUUUCACCGCAUGGUUGUUCAACCAUCACCAUGGCUGCCUGGCAAAUGUGUGACUCAAGACAUGCCUGUGAGUGAGGGCCUCUGGUUAAGUCAAACACACCCUUUUAACGUUACUUCCUCAAACACUAUCUUUCUCUUCAACUGUUCACCCCGCCUUUUAGUCUCUCCUCUUAAUUGCACCCCUACUAGUCUUUGUCACCGUUAUUUGGAGAGCUCUGGACAUGUUGAAGCAAAACGAGCACUGCAGUGUGCAAGUGGACUUGAUCCAUGCUGCACCUUCAUUGCGGGUGGGUUGCCUUCAGCAUACAAAAUAAGGCUUCACAGUUCAGGUUGUAAAGCUUUCAGAAGCAUCCUUCAUUUGGAUCCAGAAAAGCCUGCAAAUGAAUGGGAAGAGGGGUUGGAAAUUCAAUGGGUUCCUCCACCUGAACCUGUCUGUCAAAGCCAAUCUGAUUGCUCUGGUGCUUCUAAGUGUUCACCUGCUGGUGCAAACGGCCUUUCUCGCUGUCUUUGCAAUAAGGGCUACAACUGGGACCCUGUUCUCGGAACUUGCUUGGGAAAGAAGAAAAACACUAGAGCUAGCGUCAGCUUAAAAGUCUCCAUAGGAGUAACCUCCAUUUUCACACUAGCUCUGGCAACUGCUGCAAUUACUCUCAGAAAAACAUGGAAAAAUUCUAACCAGGCAAAGCUCAUGAAGGCAAGAGAAGACAUGUUGAAAUCAAGCAAUGGUGGAAAACCAGCUAAGAUGUUUCGCUUGAAAGAGGUGAAAAAAGCAACAAACGGUUUUUCUAGAGACAGGUUUCUAGGGAGUGGAGGCUUUGGGGAGGUCUACAAAGGUAAGCUUCAAGAUGGAGCUGUUGUGGCAGUUAAGUCAGCUAAAGUUGGGAACAUCAAAAGCACCCAGCAAGUUCUCAAUGAAGUUGGGAUUCUUUCUCAAGUAAACCACAAGAACUUGGUUAGACUCCUAGGUUGUUGCGUGGAAGCCGAACAACCAUUGAUGAUCUAUGAGUAUAUUUCAAAUGGGACCCUACAUGAUCAUUUACAUGGAAAGUACUCCACUUUUCUAGACUGGAAAACAAGGUUGAAAAUCGCUUUACAAACUGCUGAAGCGUUGGCCUAUCUACAUUCUGCUGCAUACACCCCCAUUUACCAUAGGGAUGUCAAGUCAACAAACAUACUUUUAGAUGAUGACUUCAACGCAAAAGUUUCAGAUUUCGGGCUCUCUAGAUUGGCUAUCCCAGGCCUGAGCCAUGUCUCAACCUGUGCUCAAGGAACCCUUGGGUACAUGGAUCCUGAGUACUAUCGCAACUACCAGUUGACUGAUAAAAGUGAUGUUUAUAGUUAUGGAGUGGUGGUGCUAGAGUUACUGACUUCCCAAAGGGCCAUUGACUUCUCAAGAGAUCAUGAAGAUGUCAAUCUAGCCAUUUAUGUUAACCAACGGGCCAGCGAUGGUGCAAUCAUGGAAGUUGUGGAUCAGCGGCUACCUGGCAAGGAGCCCUCAGUUAACAUGCUAAAGAGUUUUAAUCUGUUCUCGGACCUUGCAUUUGCCUGUCUGAGAGAGAAGAAGGCGGAUAGACCUGGCAUGAAGGAUGUUGUCCAAGAAAUCCAAUGCAUAAUUCAAAUUAUAGAUCAGGAAAAUGUUGCCGAAGAGGUUAGCGUUGAGAUUAUAUGAAUGAACCUGUUACUUUUUUGAGUGUUGGACUUCUAAUAUAUGUUAUCAAUCCAUGUCUAUAAUUUCUGAAUAUUCAUGUCACAAAGGAAAAGGUUAGUUUUUGACCAAUGGACAACAUGAUGCUAAGGAGGACAUUGGUUUUGAGUAUUGCACACAAAGCAAAAGUGGAUUCCAUGGAUAGUUUUGAGUGGAUGGAAAGACAUAAAGGAAAGGCCGGGAUCUGAUUCUGGCUUUUCUGUAGAAAGUAUUAAAUGAUCCAAAGGAAUAGACAUAGGAUAUUGGCAGCAGGAA